GUUUGACGUUCGUGGGCCCAACGGUCACGACCACGUCAAAUGCUGCCCCUCCACCAGACUAAAAGCGCGUCCGGCCGCACGGUGCUUCAAUCGGCUUCGUUUGACAUCGGUGUGACCGGGAGUGCCAAGAUUCGGUGCAGCCAUGGAUCCAAUGUUGCUGCUGCUACUGGCGAUGGCUUGCGCCGCCCCGUCCGCACGCGGACACCUACAGUCCGCCGACAGCGAGACUUUCGACGUGGUGCUGGUGGGCGCUGGAACGGCGGGCUGCAUGCUGGCCCACCGCCUCUCGGAAGUCACCACCUGGCGCGUACUGCUGCUCGAGGCGGGAAGCAACUCCACUGGAGAAGGCUGGCCGUUCAUGGCGGAGCCGGAAGCGGGUAUCUGCGACGGCCAGGGGUGCUCCGAGUACUCCAGCAAGGGGCUGGGCUACACGGUAGGCAGCACGUACACCCGCGGAAACCCCCGCGACUACGACAACUGGGCGGCGGCCGGCGCCACGGGCUGGGCCUACAGGGACGUGCUGCCGUACUUCAAGAAGUGGGAGAACAACUCGGAGCUGGGCGAGCCGUACCACGGCACUAAGGGCCCGGUGUCCAUGGGCACGGAGCCCACGCAGCCAGACAUCCGCGUCAUCCUGGACGCGCUGAAGGACGCGGGCAUCCAGGAGCGCGACGUGAACGGCGCCCAGCAGACCGAGAGCGUCAUGGUGAAGCAAGUCUGGUCAAUCAACCGCCGCCCCAAGAGCAUGAAGGAACUCCUCAUCGACCCCAUCGUUGACAAGCGGAGCAACCUCGUCGUGCGAACGAACGCCCAGGCGACCCGCGUGCUGUUCGAGGGCAAGGUGGCGGUUGGCGUGGUGUACCGGACGGCGGAGGGCAAGGACGUGGAGGUCCGCGCGCGCCGCGAGGUGGUGCUGAGCGCCGGCAACUACAACACUGCCAAACUGCUUCUCCUCUCCGGAGUCGGACCCAAGGAGGAGGUGGCGAAGCUGGGCCUGCCGCUGGUGGCGGAUGUGCCGGUGGGGCAGCGCAUGCAGCAGCACUUCAAGACGGCGCGCUCGGUCAUGUUCACGCUUCCGCGGCCCGUUAACAACACAACCAGUACCUGCUCGGGCCCAUCGCCAUCACGGCCUUCCACAAGCUCCGCAGCGACAGCGAGGACCCGCGGCCCGACGUCAACUACCGCUUCCAGGGUGUGGGUGUGAACGGAGUCAACAACAAAAACCAGUAUGUCGCGAUCGACGUUGAGACGGUGGUGGUGAACGUGGAGAGCAGGGGUACGGUGUCCCUGAACUCGACAGAUCCUACGAAGCCUCCAGUCAUCGGCCUCAACGGUCUUGCUAAGAACACCAAGGACAGGAAGAAACUGAUUGACGGAAUGAUUUGGGCGACGAAGCUUGGUGAAACGGAAGCUUUCAAGAAGGCUGGAAUUAAGCUGAAUACAACCGCUGCUGCUGGUGAGUGCAGAAGAAGACUUGCCAUUGAUGUUGCUCUGUUUUCGCUCACUGAAGAAGUUCUGCCCCCGGAAGUCUGAUGAGUACAUUGACAAGGCCCCCAAGACAUGGGUCAAUUUUGUGGCCCUGCAACUCCACCGACUUGAAACGCAAUUACGAUACUUUCGGUUCACACGUUCUGCACCUGGAGCUCUUUGCCGGGCGCUUUGACCAAUUUUGACCCAGCAGAUCAUUCGUAGCCUUUUCUGAGUGAUCACUCUAUCGUAGGGUCAGUAGGGUAGUUUUGGGACACGGAGUACAAAUGGGACAGCUGUUUCUUGGAAAAGAUGUGAUACUUUAGAACCCAUGCCAUACCUUAUGAGAUGCUUAUAUUGUGAAAAAUUCGGAUAUGACAUCAGAUGUAAAAUGCCAAAUCUUGUGAAGUAAAUGUCAAGACCAUUUUAA